GGAGGCAGUUACUUUACAUUAUUAGUCAACAGAAAAAUGCUUGGAUUUUUUUGGUAACUUAGUUUUGACACUGAUUAAAAAUAAUUUACAAGACCAGCUCUGAACGUUACUCUUAAGCACUCGGUUCUCACAGAGCCGUUAUUUAUGCUAGCUAGCUAAAAGUUAGCAUCUAGCCUCCCUUGCAGCGGGAUGACUCAGGUCUUUAGAUGUCUUACUGGAUCUGCUGCAACUCCUGCUUCCUUUCGCCCAGCGCUGACAGAAAACUAGCUGUCACCACCUGUGGCCAUGUCAUCUGCAGUGUCUGUUUUCAGAAAGGCAAACCAGGCAAGUGUUUAAUAUGCAGUGCCAAAUGCCAAGUAUCACCACUCUCCGACCAAAGCAGCUCAGAGGUGAAGGCCCUGUUUUCGGACAUCAACGUUGUUGCAACCAAACACUUCACGGAAAUCAGCAAAGUUAUAAUGUUCCAGGCAAGACAUCAAAAGAGACUGCUGACUUACUACCAGCAAAGGAAUGGGAAACUCGAGGAGGCAUUUGUCAAGAUGAAGCAAGAAAUGCAGCAGAUGGCAAAGAAGCUGAAUGAACAGAGCAACUACAUCACUAAGCUGGAAAACUCUCUACAGCAUCAGAGUGCCAAAGUUUCAUCAGUGCCUCAGAUGAGCCACAGUUCCCAUACUCCACAUGGGCAUAAAUCAGUCCUACAGAUCCCCUAUAACUCCCCCGUGUCCCUCUCCAGACGCUCCUCAACCACUAAUAUCGCUGAAAACAUGGACGUGGAUGAAAGGAGUCUGUUCAGGAAACCCAACACUGUCCCCAGAAUGUCAUUAAUCAGUCCUCCACAAGAUGGACGGAUGGGCACCGUCCUUAACAGAUCGUCCAAACAGAACAUGAUGGCCAACCAUUCAGCUCGCUCAGCUACUGUCAGUCGUUUCCAAGGAUCCCCGCUGACCCCUGAUGUGUCAUACAGCCAGAUGUCUGCAUGGAAGUCUCCCAUCUUCAAACCCUCCUUCAGACACUCCAUGUCCUCCCUGGUCUGCCCUCCUCCUUAGCAAACACACAUUCAUAAACUGUCAUGAAGCUUUUAGAGAAACCUGGCCACUGAUGUGUAGCUACACACAGGUAUUUAUGUCUCUCACAGCCUAUGAAGAGUCACCAAAGAGUUAGUGUGUUGUGUUUUAAUGUCCCCUUAAAGUUAUGUGAC